AACGAGUUUCGUGCAUAAAAAGGUCUUCAACAAGAUGGCUGACCAGAGGGAUGGCGAGUAGGGACGGCAACCGGUGAUGUUGACCCACAAUGUCAUUAUUUUGGAGGCCUAGACUAUCAUUGAAGUGGUUUUUAAUAAGUUGUAUGGUGACUGUUUUUCUUGUAGGUAAUAUUUUGUUGUUUAAAAAUUGGGGUCAUCCAAAUACAAAUGGGAUUCAACCCGUUAAAUUUUCUUCGCGAACCUAUGCUUUCCGCGAUUCGAACACCGACGAAGGUAGCCAGGGAAGAUGGAUUCUAAAGGAUAAUCACGAUGUGCACAAUAACCCAAAAAAUUAUGAGAUUGAGGGGAAACAAGCGAAAAUAAAAGUUUACACGAAAGCUGUUGAUGAAGUUGUUAAGAGUAACAAAGAUGGCACCGACAAGCUUUUAAAUGGAAACAAGAAUGUUCAACUACAGCAAAAAGAAUUUAAAUACAGAACUGCAAUAUUAGUUAUUGCUUGCAACAGACCAAGUGUUAGACAGUGCUUGGACCAAAUAUUCAGACACAAGCCCAAACAUGUUGACAUGCCAGUCAUUGUUAGUCAAGACUGUGGCGAUGUUCAGACAGAAAAUGUCAUCAAAUCAUACGGACAAAAACUUAAGUUAGUAAAGCAGCCGGAUUUUUCAGAUGUUGUUGGAGUUCCAGGUCACAUGAGACAUUUUAUGGGAUAUUACAAGAUAUCAAGGCAUUACAAAUUUGCUUUGAAGCAAGCAUUCAAAGAACCAAGCAUUGACAGUGUCAUCAUAAUCGAAGAUGACUUAGAUAUAGCUCCUGAUUUCUUUGAAUAUUUCAUGGCAACAAGACCUCUGCUGGACAUGGACAAGUCACUAUUCUGUGUUUCUGCAUGGAAUGAUAAUGGAAAAGAAGGGUUUGUAAAAGACCAUGAACUUCUUUAUCGCAGUGACUUUUUCCCUGGACUUGGUUGGUUGCUAACUAGGAAAUUCUGGGAAGAAUUAGAGCCAAAAUGGCCUCUUGGAUUCUGGGAUGACUGGAUACGGGAUCCUCAUCAAAGAAAAAACAGGGCUUGUAUAAGGCCGGAAAUCAGCAGAAGCAAAACAUUUGGUAGGGUUGGUGUCAGUCAAGGACAGUUCUAUGACCAGUAUUUGAAGUACAUUCAGUUAAAUGAUGAAUUCUUUGCAUUCAGAAAAGCAGAUUUAUCAUAUCUUUUGAAAUUUAACUAUGACAAGGAUUUUGUUUCAAGAGUAUACAAAAAACGACCUGUGAGUGCUGAUGACGUUUUGAAUGACUCUAUAGUUGAAAAUGCAGUGAGAAUACAAUAUAGUUCAAAUACUGAAGUUGAAUCAUUAGCAAGAAAAUUUGGGCUGAUGACUGAUUUAAAAGCUGGUGUGCCUAGAACUGCCUAUAAAGGGAUUGUGAGCUUUGUUCAUAAUGGAAAGAGAGUUUAUCUUACACCCCCAUCAGACUGGACAGGCUACAGUGAAAGCUAGAUGGCGACAGUUUAAUUAUUUUUGACUAACAAGAAAAUGUUUUUUUUCAAUAGAUGAGUGUCCUUUGAAAGAUUUAA